GAAGCUCUACGUGCUGCUCUCUGUGCUGCUCUGCCUCCUGCUCACAGCCCUCGUGCUCUUCUUCCUCUUCCCCCACUCGGUGCUGGUGGAGGAUGACGGGAUCAAACUGGUCCGGGUGUGGUUUGACCAGAAGAACUCCCUGGUCCUUCUGGCCAUCACGGCCACCCUACGGAUCAGGAAUUCCAACUUCUACUCGGUGACCGUGACCAGUUUGACCAGUCGGGUGCAGUACAUGAACACUGUGGUGGGAGCCCAGCAGAUCACCCAGGUCUCCAACAUCCAGCCACGCAGUGACAAACUG